UCCGACCCUUAUUUUACAUCACAAAAUCUCAUUCCUGUGCAUGAAACGUUUUCAGGGAGGGUGACGACAUGGACUGUUUGAAGUAUUUCGUCGUCUUGUUGGUGACAUUGUUUAUGCAUCAAACAUUUGGAUUUGAUAUUGCACUAAACAAGAAUGCAGUACCUUCUGAUAGUUUGGAAAUAAUGUUGAACCUGGGAACAAUAAAUACAGGAUUGACUUUGAAUAAACCAGAUGGAUCAUCGGCUGGAAACUGUUUAGCACCACUUGGAGGUGUUAGUGGAGGAUGCACUACAGGCUUUACACAAGAUUUCACAAAUGGAGUAACUACCUUCAGUAUAGCAUCAGUGUCGAGAGCUACAGACGAAGGCACAUGGGCAAGUGCACAUGGCACUGACACCGGAAGCAUAACCAUCAAAGUUUUAACCAUUCCUACCUUAAUUGUGAGUCAAACUGUUUCCGCUCUGACUUUGUCAAGCUCAAAUACACAAAGCUUGACCAUUACAGCUACAUGUGCAUAUCCAGCUGUCUCACUCGACGUGUACUUUGUGCCAACUGGAGGAGGAACUGCAGUGAGUUCCCCAUCAUCAACAGCAACAUGUACGAGCACUGGUAAUGCAGGAUGUGCUGACACGGAUGCUGAAAGCUACGACUGUGUCAUUGUACCAAAACUUGAGACAACUCUUUCAGCGGGUACAUACUACGUACAGUUUGUAGUCAAUCUCGCUGGGCAGUAUGAACCUAUAGGACUGAACGCCACCAUCACUGACACUGUGAUAACAAUUGAAGUAAGCAGCAGCAGCAGCAUCUGUGACUCGUGCACAACUACAA